CGUCACAUGAACAUCCACACCGGAGAGAAACCGUUUACUUGUGAUCAGUGCGGGAAGAGUUUCUUACACUCAUCAUACCUUAAGGUACACAUGAACAUCCACACUGGAGAGAAACCGUUCACUUGUGGUCAGUGCGGGAAGAGUUUCUCACAAUCAUCAUACCUUAAGCAUCACAUGGACAUCCACACUGGAGAAAAACUGUACACAUGUGAUCAAUGCGGCAAAACAUUUUUGAGAUCUAAAUACCUGAAGAAUCACCUGAGAGUUCAUACAAAGGAGAAACCACAUUCAUGUUAUUUGUGUGGAAAGAGUUUUUCACAUCUACAAAAUUUAAAAGAACAUCAGAAAAUACACACUGGUGUGAGAGAGUACAUGUGCUUUGAGUGUGAGAAGACUUUUACUUCAGCGAGCAGUUUAAAACGACAUGAGAGGAUUCACACUGGAGAGAAACCUUACAAGUGUUCACACUGUGACAAGAGAUUCAGUCAUUCAGCAACUCUGAAAACACAUGAGAGGAUCCACACUGGAGAGAAACCGUAUCACUGCACUGCAUGUGGGAAGUGUUUUAAUCAAUCUUCUAAUCUACACAGUCAUGCAAAAAACUAUCACAGUAAGUAGAUCAUCUUCAG